CGCACUUGAAUAGAGCGCGCGCGAAGCGCAGUGCCAAAUUGCGCGCGGAGAGAAAAGGCGCUUUCUCCACAUUCCGCAGCGACAUUUCUGUAUUACGCGGAGCAGAAACUUUUGUCUUUAAUAUGUUUUAAAACACGGACUAUGUGGACGUUACCGAAGCCCGGGUACCGCGACGGCGCGGAGAAGCAGAUCGCCGUGAACGUGGGCGGCGUGAGGCUCGCGCUGCGCGGCGACAUGCUGGACCGCUACCCGGAGAGUCGCCUCGCGGAGCUUGCGCGCUGCACAACGCGCAGUUUCGACGCUAUCUCCUCUCUGUGCGACGACUACGAGCCGGCAAAGGGGGAGUUUUACUUCGACCGGGACCCGGACUCGUUCAAGUGCAUCGUGGAGGUGUAUUAUUUCGGAGAGGUGCACAUGAAGAAGGGGAUUUGCCCGAUGUGCUUCAUGAAGGAAAUGGAGUUCUGGAGGAUCGACUCGAGCUGCUUGGAUGAGUGCUGCAAGAGCAACGUGCGCGAGAAGGAGGAAGAGCUCGCUGAGAUAGCUGAUAAGGUCAAGGCCAUCCUGGAUGAUCUGGAUAUAGACGGCGGGCCUUUGGCGACCCGGUCUGAACGCAUCCGGAAGUUUCUCUGGAGGCUCAUGGAGAAACCGGAGUCGUCUUGGGUGGCACGUGCCAUUGCGGUGGCGUCGUUCCUGUUCGUGCUGGCAUCGUCGCUGGUGAUGUGCCUGGCAACGCUACCAGAGCUGCAGGUGCAAGACGCAGACGGCCACUUAGCCGAACACCCGACUCUGGACACCAUUGAGACGGCGUGCGUCUGCUGGUUCACGUUGGAAUACGGGCUACGUUUUGCUUCAGCUCCUGAAAAGAUGCGUUUCGUCCUGUCCUUCCUGAACAUGGUGGACUUGGCUGCGAUUGCACCUUUUUACAUUGUACUGGCUCUGACCCAUCUCGGUGCCACCGCCGCCAUGGACCUCACGGACGUCCAGCGGGCCGUGCAGGCGUUACGCGUGAUGCGAGUAGCACGCAUACUAAAGCUUGCACGUCACUCGUCUGGACUCCAGACUCUAACGUACGCACUAAGGCGGAGCUUCGCCGAGCUCGGGCUCUUGCUAACCUACAUGGGUGUUGGAAUUUUUGUCUUCUCGGCACUUGGAUACACCAUGGAGCACAGCCACCCGGAGACAAUGUUCCGCAGCAUCCCACACUCCUUCUGGUGGGCCAUCAUCACCAUGACGACAGUGGGCUACGGUGACGUGUACCCGAAGACAGCGCUGGGGAGGUGCAAUGCAGCACUCAGCUUCCUGUGUGGUGUAGUAGCUAUCGCGCUGCCUGUGCACCCCAUCAUCAACAACUUUGUCGUCUACUACAACAAGCAGAAGGUGCUGGAGACUGCAGCCAGACACGAGCUUGAGCUCAUGGAGCUGCACGGGACGUUCGGGCAGGUGGGGGACAAACACGAGACGCUCAGGGUUUCAAGAAGCGACUCACACAUUGCGAUUCUAACGGAUGAGCGCAGGGUGGUGAAGAAGAGGAGUGUAUCGUAAAAAAAAAAAUUGCUGGACAAAAAAAUUACAUUGGCAAGAAUCAGUUCUUUAAGUGACUCAUUGACUGAAUUCUGUCAUAAACUUCUCAACGCGCUACGAAACAAAGUCCGUGUCAAGAAACUCUGUGACGUCUGACUUAAAACUGCAAACGAUGCCGUAUACCGGACGGGAAAAAAGAACACAGUGGCUUAUACGCUUUAAAGAAGAAAAAGAACCAUAACAA